AACAAAAAAAAUAGAAAGUUUCAUUUGUCUAAAAACAAUACAAAGUCAAAAGUCCACCUUUAUAAAGACGAAACUGAGAAGGUUACAAAUCACCGUGGACGCAUUCUCGCCAAUCGGAAACGAGCACGUGUCAAAGCUCCCUUCCUCCUCCGUCGUCAUCGUUCAUCUCUGCAACAAACAAACGACCUGAGGAGCAAAAAAAAAAAAAAACAGAGAGAUCUCUCCUUUAAACAUUUCAUCAUGGUUCUCCGAUCAAAAUAUCUAUGCUCAUUCCUCUUAAUCAUAGCCAUCCUAUCGCACGUUUCUCAAUCUCUCCACUUCGAGUUAAAAUCAGGCAAAUCAAAAUGCAUCUCGGAGGACAUCAAAAGCCAUGCGAUGACCGUCGGAAAGUACACCGUCGUCAAUCCCAACGAGCCUUACCCUACUCCACAAUCUCACAAGAUCAACAUAAGGGUGACGUCGAGUCACGGGAACACGUACCAUCACGCGGAGGAGGUGGACUCUGGGCAGUUCUCGUUCACGGCGGUGGAAGGUGGGGAAUACUCGGCGUGUUUCGCUGCUCACGAUCAUAAGCCUGACGUGACGUUGGGUAUCGAUUUGGAGUGGGGGACGGGUGUUCAUUACAAGAGUUUGGGUAGUUUGGCGAAGAGGAGCAAAGUCGAAGUCAUGGAGUUUGAAGUAAAGGCAUUGAUUGAAACCGUUAACUCGAUUCAUGAUGAGAUGUUUUAUCUUAGAGACCGGGAGGAAGAGAUGCAGGAUCUGAACAGGGCUACAAACUCGAAGAUGGCGUGGUUGGGUUUACUGUCUCUUUUCGUGUGCUUAGGAGUUGCUGGGAUGCAGUUUAUGCACUUGAAGACGUUUUUUGAGAAGAAGAAAGUCAUCUAAGAGGUGUAAAAUGGAAUAAUUCCACUCUUUCUUUCUUUAAUCAGCUCAGGGAAGGGAAUCUUUCACUCUCUGGUGGGUUUUGUAUAUUCAGAUUUUUGUGGCUUGAGCAUAUGGCCUGCCUCUUGAACUAAAUGAAUGUGAAAGUGUUAUGCCAUUUUUGCACUCUGUCAACAGAAAGAAUAACUUGGAAAACGUUAUAUACUUAGGCAGAAGAAGAAGUUUACCAACAAGAGAUUCAGUUGGAACCAGUGCGUUAAACCACAUAGCUAAACAAUUCUCUCUGAGUUUAACCACAAUUAUUAGAUUGUGAAGGUAGAUUAGAGACAUUUUUUGCCUUUUAACUAAAUUCUCUUAUAGAUAAAGACGGAGCUUUAAACCUCCAUUAUGUUUUUUUUGUCUCUCUCCUAAACAUGCUGCAACUACUCUCAUUCACAUAGAGCGCUUAAUGAACAAUUGAGAGGAAGUGUACUGGAGAUUAACUCGGUACUAUCAUCACACUCAUCAGAUUCUCCAAGUACAAUCACAGAUCACACACUGAUUCUAGUUUUUUCAAGAGAGAUGAUUAUUUACCUGACUGUGUUGCUUGGUCAAGAGACUCAAGACCUUGUAAUAAACGAAGUUUCAAAUGAUUUACAAAUAUCGUUUGAAUGGUAACUAAGUUGCUUAAACGUAAUCUUCUUGAAUAACAUAUAACCAACAGGUAUUAAUGAUAAGCAAAGGCUAGUAGAACUUUCGCUGUUUAAAACACCAAACGUUUCAACAAUCCAAAACCAAUAGAUAUGGUUGUCUUGCAACAAGAAACACACAUAAAUGGUCUAAAUUAGAAAAA